AUGACUUCAACGUUUGCCGGUUUUAGCGAAGAGGACUUGAAGCGAAUCAAAUCAGGAGAAAGAGAUAUAAACAGCGAACAAAUUCAAGGAAAUGCUAGAAUAAUAGAAAAGGUUGGAUUUAAAUCAAGAAGAAUUGCAAAAAAACUGCCAACUUUGUCUAACCAAAUAUCUGAUGAAGUUUAUAUUGAUGCAUUUGAUAGGUGUAAACUUAGUUUAAAAUCACCAACACCUCCCAAUGAUGCUCAAAAUAAUAUGACCUAUGGCUAUAAAGCAGAAAUUGACGGAACAGAAAAUGAAGAUAGAAUUAUAUAUAUGAAGGAAAAUUCUGAAGAUGGAAAAGUUAGAGAUUGUGAAACUUUAGAAGAAGGUAGAACAAAUACGAUGGUCAUAACUCCAGAUGUUGUCAGAGGUAUUGACUAUACAGAGGAUGAUUUGGCUACUCACAAAGAUAAGUUGCAAGAACUCCAGCUCAGACAAAAGUUAAUGGAAGAACAGAAUAAGAAGAGAAAAGAAAUGCUGUCUAAGGCUUUAGCUGACAGGACAAAACAAACAGAGGAGGAGGUACAAAAACUAGAAAAGAUAAAGAAAGAAUUGCAAGUACUAGAUGGCCAGUUCUCUCAAGAUGUUGCUGUUUUAAGAAAGAAAAUAGACCAAGCAUGUAUCACAUAUUCAGAAUCAGAAAAAUGUUAUUUGAGAAUAGAAAAGGAAUUUCUACAAGCAAAGAUAAAUUUACAAAAGGAGAAGGAGAAAAAAGAACUGCUAACUGAACAUUUAUGUGCCCUCAUUACUCAUAAUGAAACAAGAAAAGCACAAAAACUAGAAACACUAAUGUUAGAACUUGCCAACGAUAAAAAUAAGGUAAUAAGUGAAAUGGUUGAAAAUAUCAAUGAAAAUAUUGAUGUAGCAACACCAGAUGAAGAACCGGUAAUAAUAGAUGGUGUUGAUGAGAAAACAGGGAAAAUUGUGGAAAUGCAAAAUUAG